UUCUAAAAUAGUAAACGUAGCCAAUAAUCAAACUAUAAUGGAAGCAGAUAAUUAUUAGGCUAGGGAUCUGUUGAUCAGAAAAUUUCUAUAUUUUAAUUAUAUGGUGAUUACACUGAAAGGACAAAAAAGUUUAUUUUUAGGUGAAUCUUUAAAAUGGUGCUCAUUCUUUACAAACAGAGCCUGGAGAUACGGUGCCUUAGGGACGGAGUUGGCUAUGCAAAUGUUGCGUGCUUUUGACAGAAAAGGCAUCCAUUACAAAACAAACGGACAGUUAGGAAGUUGGAUGACUAACUCUUCUUUGAAAACCUACCAGGAUAAAAUCAUCUGCUUAGAAGACCAUAUCUCCACAAUGUCUUAUGAGAAUGUUAAGGUUAACUCGGAGUGGUUGGGUGGAGAAGCUAUGACUGAUAUUGGUGGUGUGAAACUGGCUUACCAGGCAUACAGAAGACAAGUUACAGAUAGUACUCUGCUCAUCCCAGGUGUUGGUGGCAGUGACAAUCUGUUUUUUAUAUCAUAUGCUCAAUCAAUGUGUGAACUUAUGAAGGAGAAAAAGGUUGAGAAUUUGAAGAACGUUUUACAUAAUGCCCCCAACAAGAUCAGGGUAAUGAGUACACUGCAGCAGCUGCCUGAAUUCUCUGAAACUUUUGGGUGUGAUGCUGGUUCAGAGAUGAAUCUACGUAAUACCUGCCCGGUGUGGUGAUCUGACAAAUUAGAGUUUUUGUAGUGUUCCAAAGAACGGUUUUCUGCUCUUUUACUAUAUCUUCUGUUAUGUGCCAAUAAGAAAACUGUUUACAGUAUUGCUUAUAUUUUAUACUUAUGAAGCAAGUUAUUUAUCAGAAGAAGUGAAAAAGAGAAAACAGUUUCCAGACUUGUUAUUAUCUUGGAACCGUAAUCUUUAAUUCUUCAAUGAAAAUCAACAUAUACUUUUAACCAAGAUUGUUUAAAAAGUAGCUUCCACUGUGGAAGUUAUUGAUUUUAAAGUAUUAUACAUGUUCUUUGUGCUAUCACUUUGGAUGUUUCAGUUUUGAAAGUGUAGUAGGACCCUAGGUUGGAGUAUAACCACUACAUACCUGUAUUCACAGUUUUAAAUCAUGUGUUAAUAAAUCUACAUAUCCUUCAUGGGUGGCUAUGCGUAAGGUUAUCUGAUGUUCAUUUAUAAGACUUUAUAUCCUUUUUUUUUUUCAACUGUAACUUGAUGUAGGUCAACUACUAAACAGCUGCUGUUGGUAUUCCAUGUAGGGAUAACUUCAGAAUUAUUUGGAAUAGCUUGUAUGUGAGUUUUUAUAUUUUCUUGGUGAUAUUUUUAUUACAAGUGAGGAAUGACAUCAGGGAUUAUUCAAGUCUUUAGAAAAACGUUAAGAAGAAAUUGGUUAAAAUCUUGCUUGACUGUAGAUGUUUCGUAUUUCACAUUAUUGAUUAGUUGUUAAUAGAUCUUUCACAAAAGGUGUUUAAAAAUACCACUUCAAACCAGUCUUUUGUGUGGAACAAAUCAUUACUAAGCAGCCCUUUUGUUGCAUACCAGGACUAAUCAGGUGAAUGGAAGGCGUGGUUUGUUGUAAGCUUGUGGGAAUGUCAAAUUCUGGUUUUACCUUCCUUCCUUUGAGGUAUAUGCAUAUAUAUAUAGGACUAAGGAAAAGGAAUGUGAAGCAAAACAUAUUUGCAGCUAAGCCUGCUCUUAAACAUUGUUGUUAGGCCUUAAAAGCCUCAUUGUUUUUCUACAGUGUAGAUAUUUUACACUUGUGUAUUAUUAAGUAAAAACAGAAAGCAACUGUCCUGAUAGUUCAAAGUAAAUUGUAUACAGCGUUGUAUUAUUCAGAAGCAUAUGGUACAUGGAUUUUAAAUCGGUCAUUAUUCAGUGUUGGUGACUUUCAACUAUUUUGUUUGUUUUUGGAGUAAUUAUUAAACCUUAUUUCUGGCUUGAAAAAUUCGUGGAACAUAAUGAAAAUUUCAUUUGAUCCUGUUUGGUAUAUCAAGCUGUUACACUUUUACUACUUGCAAAGUAUUCUUUUCUCAUUAAAGAACCAGGUUAGUUGUUUCAGUUUGGGAUUUCUUGCUCAACCUUGGGAUAAUGCGCUCAAAAUUGGAACAAAGUAAUUUUGUACUGAAAUUGUCUUGGAACUUAUUUUUGUAUUUUCUUAUAAUAUAUAUAUAUAUUUUUGGUAAGAAAAAAUCUUACAAAAGCUCAAAGUGAAAGAAAGUUUUAUAUACUUUUAACUAUCCAGUAGCUAGCUGUUUGUUCCUAAUAUUGUGUGAAAAAAAAAAUUAUUUACAGUUGUUUUCUCGUUUGUCUUCGUUCCACAGACAAGGUCAACUUUGCUAAUAUUUUAAGUAGGAACGAGUAUAGUUUUGUCCAGCAGAAUUUUGUGUUGGUUUUAUACUAAAUUGUUUUGAUGUUUAUACCUUUAGUAGUGAUUUUUCAUAUCAGAAUUCACCGAAGUACUUUGAUAUAUAAAUUUUUAUAAACUUGCUGAAUACCGUCGGGUUGGGGUAGUUUUUUUUUUAACUUUUAUGUAUUUUAUAAUUUGUGUGUGUGUAUCAUUGCUAAUUAAAUCAUUGGUGUAUCUCAAGUUCACGGUGUAUUAAGGGAUCUCCGUUUAUAUAUGAUUUUUCUAAUUUUUCCAAAGCCUAGAUUAAUUGACCUGUUGUGAUUUGUGUGCUUUUUUGUAGUGAUGAUUUAAUUUUUUUUUUGUAAAAACUGCAAGAAAAAAAAUGAAUUUAAGCAUUUAAAUGCAAAAACGUUAUAUAUGUUACAUGUGGAAUGGAUUUUAAUAAAGACUUUAAAAAACUUG